AUGGCAGCAAGUUAUAAUUUAGAAAGGCUAUUUGAUCAUUUAUUUGAAGUAAAAUAUUUUUGCUCGAUAUUUAGAAGUUUGUUUUUCAGUCAACAGGCAACUUUAUUAUUGAAUAAACUGACACUUCGACUUAAUCCUGCAAACUUGGAAAUGGAUAAGCUGUCCGUUUUGACAUUAUCUCGUGAUAUAUGUUAUUUAAUGGGAAUGCCCUAUCUCUUAAUUAAACCGAAAUUACAACCUAAGUUUUACUGCACCUCAGCCAAACUCACCCGAAACACAUCUGGGAAUUUUGGUUUAACUUUUUUGCUUUGGAAUUGGCAAGGUGGUUUUUCACCCAUCCAUGAUUCCAUCGAAUUGUUUAAUUCGGGGAUAUCAAUAAUGAUAUUAUUUGAGAAAAUGUCAUUGGACGAGAUCAUCACUGAUAAUUUGGCAGAUAAAUUUAUUUCUAAUGAAAUAGCCUGUUACAAAUUAAGACAACAACUAUUAGGAGGUAGGGAUUUAGCUGUAAAUAUUUCUCAAAGAAAAGAAUUUUUAGCAGUAAUUUUCUCUCCAAUUAGUAAUUCAUUAUUCCUCCAAAUUAUUCCCUUCGAUAGCUUGGUCGUAGAAUUUGCCUUCAGGCUAAUUUUUCUAUACAAAUUUCACUUGCAAAAUUUGUUUGACCAUACUCAGGCACCCGACGUUAUGGAAGGUGCUGUCGGGAAUUCUACGACACUCGGCAACAAGUUAAUCCUCAAAACAUCAUUAGAAAGAAGGGAAUGUGGUUUAAGUGAGUUGGGUAUGGCAGCACAAUUAAUGGGAAUUCUUAAAUUGGCUUUAUUAGAGCUAAACAGGUUAUGCAAUGUGAGUACACAAGAAUAG